GUGAUAUAACUGAAGUAACACUUUAUUCGACGAGUCAUCCAGCUGUUGAAAAUGGCGGAAGGACAAGACGGCCCGAAGAAAAUCUCGCUAAAUGUUAAAACCACCAAGGAAAAACACACGGUUGAGGUAGAGGAAACAUCCUCAGUCAAAGACUUCAAAGAUGAGUUGGCAAGGAAAUUCAAUGCUCCGCCUGAGCAGCUCUGCCUGAUCUUCGCUGGCAAGAUCAUGAAGGAUCACGAGACGAUGCAGACCCACAACCUCAAAGACGGCUUGACUAUCCAUCUGGUUAUCAAGUCACCUCCCACCAACCAGUCUGCAUCUUCGUCGUCUGCACCAAGGCCACCAGCUGACAUCAGUGCAACACCUUUUGGACUAGGAGGAAUGGGAGGGCUUGCUGGGCUUGAAAAUCUUGGCCUUGGGUCUCCCAACUUUGUUGAAAUGCAGCAGAGGAUGCAGCACGAGCUGCUGUCGAACCCAGACGCCUUGCGGCGUCUCUACGACAAUCCGCUUGUCCAGCGAUUGAUGAACGACCCUGAGAACAUGCGCAACCUCAUCACCUCGAACCCGCAGAUGCAGGAACUGAUGGAGCGCAAUCCCGAAAUCACCCACAUGCUUAACAACCCUGAUUUGCUCAGGCAAACCAUGGAACUCGCUAGAAACCCUUCCAUGCUUCAGGAGCUGAUGCGCAGCCACGAUCGCGCCAUGUCAAACCUUGAGUCCAUUCCAGGCGGUUACAACGCCCUUCAAAGAAUGUACAGAGAAAUUCAGGAACCUAUGUUGAAUGCCGCUAAUGAAAGUUUUGGUCGAAACCCUUUCUCCGCUUCAAGCGGUGCCUCGGGCAACAUUGCCAACAAUCCUCAACAAGGACAACUCAACAGGGAUCCCCUACCGAAUCCUUGGUCUCCUAACUCUGGUGAAAACAACCCUGCUGGUGGCGGUGGCGCGAGGCCAGGCCCACCUCGUUCCGUUCCAGGAAUGGGAAUGCUUAACUCGCCUGCCAUGCAGAGCAUGAUGCAGCAGAUGAUGGAGAAUCCGCAGCUCAUGCAGAACAUGAUGAACGCGCCAUACACACAAUCAGUCAUGCAGUCCAUGAUGUCCAAUCCAGACAUCGCCAAUCAGCUGAUGGCCAAUGCUGGAUUCCUUGGCGACAACCCCGCAAUGCAGGAACAGAUGCGAAACAUGAUGCCAAAUCUCCUGCAGCAGAUGCAAAACCCCGAGAUGCUCUCUCUGAUGUCGAACCCUCAGGCGCUGAACGCCAUCAUGCAGAUCCAGCAGGGCAUGGAGAAUCUGCGGGCAGCUGCGCCCGGCUUCGCCGCUAACCUUGGCCUUCCCUCGAUGGACAAUCCCCUGCUGGCCGGCAUGGGCGGUCUUGGUGGAGUGGCAUCGCCCGCCACUGCGAAUGCCCCGUCAAAUCCCGCAAGCCCGGCCGCCAACGCCGCCCCUACCGGUACCGACACCAACACAACCACCUCCAGCACAACCACACCCUCCGCCACCCCAGGCGUGCCCAGCUUUGCUAACAAUGAUCUAUUUUCUCAAUUCAUGGCCCAGAUGAUUUCCACCAUGUCGACGAGUGAUCCUUCGAGCAAUGCUCCGCCAGAGGAGAGGUAUCGGGCUCAACUGGAACAGCUUACCUCUAUGGGAUUCGUGAACAGAGAAGCCAAUUUGCAAGCCCUUAUUGCAACGUUUGGUGACAUAAACGCAGCCGUGGAAAGGUUGUUACAGAGUAGGCAGACAUCGCAAAGCUAACGUUGCAGCCUUUGUGUGACUGUAUCAUACUGUUUGUUGUAAAUUUUUGAGCAAUUGUAAAACACUCGACACACACACAUAAUGAUGCCUAAUGUUUCCAUAAUAUAAAGUUAUCCGGCAAGUUUGCGUUUCAGAUUUGUUAUCGUUCAUUUGGUGGCUCCAGCUGUUUGAAUAUUGUACGUUGUUUAGGACGGUUCAUCGCUUCUAUAUCAAACACCGGACUGUAGUGUUUAUUUUGUGCAAAGCGACGUAUCUCUUGUUCCAGUGGGGAGGUUUCUCGGCGAGAAUAUAGUGCUCCUCCAUUUUUGGUGCCAGUGUGUUUGCUGAUAAAUUUUGAACGACGCAAUUCAUCCAUCUCCACUUCCAUUUUUCUCGUCUCGCAAUCUAAAAAUCAGUGUUGUAACCGCGCAGAGUUCAUUUCCGUUUCGUUUUUCAUUCGGCAAGCUUGACGGUUUCGAUCAGUGAGCAAAUACAAACUACAAUUUUGUAGGAUGUGUAUUAAUUAUAACUAUUAAAAGGCCUGUCUCUUUAGAUGACAGAAAUUAUGAAAUAUUAUACCUAAUUCCCUGACUGCUGUUUUUAUUCAACUUCAAUAAAACAAAAAACUGAGAUAUACACUUAGAA